UCAACAAUGAUAAUAAAUAAACCCAUAUGCAGAGAGAAUGAAAGAUGUGGAGUGGGGCAGACAACAGGGGAGGGAGAUGGGGAGAUGCAAGAGGCGGUGCCGAUAUCAGUGUGGGUUGCAGCGGCGAUCAAAGGAGAGUGUUCGUCGGCUUUGGAGGAAGAAGGAUCUGAUUGUUCAUGUGUCACAGGACAUGUGUCAGCAUCCGAGGUCACCUCUGCCAACCUCCGCGAGAUCCACUGGUUGCAGAGGAUCUCGAUCCUACGUUGGAGAUAGCAAAAGGGCAAUGGACGAGUAUACAUCGGAGAUAUUCAUGGGAGGGAAGAGCACCAUAGUCCUCCGCACCACUUGUGAGGACUCCUUGUUGGCUGCUCCCAUCAUCUUGGACUUGUUCCUCCUGGCCGAGCUCAGUUCUCGGAUCCAACUCAAAGCAGAGGGAGAGGGCAAGUUCCACUCUUUCCACCCUGUGGCUACCAUUAUGAGCUUCCUCACUAGAGCUCCACUGGUAAACCAAAUCGUGCUCUUUCUAGAGUUUAGCUUAAUGAGGGCUAGUUUCAUUUGAUAUUUAUAAAUGAAAAAUGGUUUGAUGGGUAUCUCUGAAAUAGGUCCCGCUUGGUACUCCAGUGGUGAAUGCAUUGGCGAAGUAGAGGGCAAUGCUUGAGAACAUAAUGAGGGCUUGUAUUGGAUUGGCUCCGGAGAACAACAUGAUCUUGGAAUACAAGUGAAGUGAGAAGACCAGUGUAAGACCAUCAAAAUUCAAAAGCCCCCUGUUUUGUUUGUUUCACUUUCUUUUUUUAUUUUCAUCUUUAAGAAAUGUUAAAGAGAAAGUUCAAUGUUUGAGGAAGAUGGAGGCUUUCUGUUUGGUCUUUUGGGCUUCUUCAUUUCCUCGUUUUCGUCCUCUGUUUCAUCCCCACAGUAGUAAGUUUCAUUCCAUUGCCAUGAAA